UCAAGGACCUUUUUAUUUAGUUGGAAAGACAUUAACAUUCAGAGUAAAAUAACUUUAUGCUAAUUUUAUGCUUUAUAUUUGAGUAGCCCUUUGUUAUCUACCAUCACCUCUUUUGAAUCUUUGCAAUAAUUCUGUGAUAUUGGUAGGAAGGGAUUAUUAAGCCUUUUUAUUUUAUUUUUUUUAGAUAAACAAGUAGGAUUCAAAAAUAUUAAGGGAUUAUUAAUGUCAUAUGGCUAUUAAAGAGCUAGGAUAUGUAUCCAUAUUUUCCAGGUGCAGGUUUUUUUCUUUUUUUAAAUAUUGUGCCACAUUGUGCCAUCUAAUACCAAAUUAAUUUAAGAUAAAGAAAAAACAGUAUAGGAUUGCAGAAGUAAUUGUGGGAGUUAAAAGGAGAGAAAUUAUUUGACUGAAAGAGUCUGAGGAGGCUUCAGUGAAGGAAGCAUUUAGUAGGACUUUGAAAGAUGAGCAGGAUUUAUCUAGACAGGGAAGGGAUAGGCAAUCAGGACAAGAAGCAGAAAAGCACAAAGUCUGUUUGGAGAAUAAUGAUUAGACCAAUGUUCUUAGGCUAUUUGGAAUCUGGAUUGUUCCAAUCCAAUUGAAUGAAGCAUCUGAACUUCCUAGGUGUGGGAAUUAUGUUUAGGAUAGAGAGACCACAGUGGGUUCUUCCUUUGUUUCAUAGUCUUGCAAAAAAUCGACCGUGCAGAGAGUCAGGGAGAUAUGACUGCAUGUAUCUAUCUGGUGGGACCUAAAAGUGGGAGUUUCUCGGCCGGGUUGUGUUGUAUAGACUACUACACCUACUUUCUGAAGGCAUCGUAUUACUUGUGGAUGGUUGGGAGCAACUUCUCUCACUUUGGAGAAUGUGGGUAGAUGGCGUGCAGGACCACAGGAAAAAUAGUGACCUUCAGAAAGCAGCUGAGAUCAAGAUCAAUGAGAAGUAUCAACAUAAGAGCAGGAAACAAAACCCUGGACAUUAUGAAGGUGAUUCUUUAGGUCUGCAUAGGCUCUGAAAAUCCGGAUUGGUUUAGACCUAGAAGGAAGUGGCGUCUGAUUAGCUAUUAAAAGUGAGAAAGACCCGCUACCUGGUUGGAGUCUGCCGCCCUCUUACUAGGACGUGACAUACCGGCCUUUGUGACGUGGCCCAGCCAGCCUCAGCCUUAGCUCACACCUUGGUGAGUGAGGUCCAAAGCCAGCGGCCCCGCGGAAGUGGGAGCGGGGCCAUGGCUGAGGGGGCCGAGACCAUGGGCGAAUCCCAAGGUGCUGACGUUAAAACCCAGCAGACCACGGAAAACGUCCUCGGGGGACCGCCGAGGCGGGGCCCGCUCUCCGUGCUCAAAGUGUCCCAGCUGUUGCUCCAAGCCAUCGCUGCACACAAAGGGCUGACUCUGGCAGCUCUCAAAAAGGAGCUCAGAAAUGCCGGCUACAGAGUGAGCAGGAACUGCGGCCACCACUUGCACGAAGGGUCCGGGUCUCGUGUGAAGGGCACCCUCCUCCGGGUCAGCGGCAGCGACGCCGCUGGCUGCUUCAGGGUCUGGAAGAUUAUGAAGUCGAAGAGAAAGCCGGGACGCCAGAAUUUGGAGGAGGGUGUCCGCUCGCCCAGGAGAACCCUUCUCUGGACGCGGAGCCCACGCAGGCGCUGCGGGAGACGCAGGGCGGCCAAGAAGGCCCAGGAAGUGUGGAGACAGAGCUUGAGGGCAGACAUGAGGAUGAGGAGGCUAAGGCCAAGGGCCAGGGAACCGGUGAGUUCCAGAGCCAAGGAGGAAGGGAGGGCCAAGGCAGUGGACGAGGGGAGAGGACGGACCGAGAAGGAAGACAUCAGGCCCAGGACCCCAGACAAGAAGAGGCCAUGCUCGAAGCCCAGGGAAGCAAAGAAACAGGCCCCGGAGAAGAUGGUGAAAUGUACCAUCCAGAAGCCAACCUCCGUUAAAACCGACAGGGCUUCGAAUAGGCGGGGGAGGACUCGUGACCCAAGGGUUGCUCGCACAAAGACUUCCAUUAAAUCUGAGGGUCCUCAGAAUGCAGCCAGGAAUCCAUAGUGCGGGAGCAACUUCCCUUCCUCCGGGCACAGAUGCCUUUCCCCG